AAAAUCGGUUUGGAGUUGCAGGGUUGCAACCAGGGGGAUAAUAAAGUAAGUUGAGUGAGGAGAUUGGGAUCAGGGGCUGUUGACCAGAGGUAGAUAAGCUGAGAAUUAGGCUCUAAUAAUAGCCUGGAUUUAAAGAGUGCCAUGAGUUUACAGUGUAAAUUAGUAAGUCUUAAGUGCUGGUUUCCAGGGGUAGGUUUAGAGUCUGAUAACCAGGAUAUGAGAACAGAGGCAAAAAAGUCUGUAUCUAUGGGCCAGGAGCAAGGCCAACGAUCUGGGAAGUUUGAAGACAAGGCAAAAUGAAAACAUCAGUUAGUAGGAAUAAGCCAAAGGUUUGGCAACUAGGAGGAUAAAGCAGAUAGGGAGAUGGGCAACUGGUUUUGGAUUGUCAAGGCUCAUAAGGCCAAAUAAGAGCAAGCAUUCCAAAAGGUUGGGGCUACUUGACCAUUCUGGCACCCCAAAACCUCUUGUGUAUGAGAAGCAACUUUCUGUUUGGUUCAAGAUGUUGGAUGAUUCGAUUUUCAGCAGAAAUCUUCAAAUCAGUUUCAUAUCGGCUUUCUGGUGUGAAGUAUGAUAAUGAAGAAAAUAAGCCUUCGGAGAAUGAAUUAGUGAAUAACUUACUUACUAUGGGAGUAGAUGUUAAAAUGGCGAAGAAACGACAGCCCGGAGUUUUUAAUAAGACUGGUAUUAAUGAGCAGGACUUGAAGGUGUUCCUUCUGUCCAAAGGAGCUAGCAAAGAAGUGAUUGCUAGCGUCAUAUCAAGAUAUCCACGAGCCAUAACACGCACAACUGAAAAUCUUUCAAAACGGUGGGAUCUGUUGAGAACAAUUAUGACAUCAGACCUUGAAAUUGUAAAUAUUUUGGAACGUUCUCCUGAAUCUUUUUUUCGGUCCACUAACAACGUAAACCUAGAGAAUAAUAUAAAGUUUCUGUACUCAGUUGGAUUGACCCGUAAAUGCCUUUGUCGAUUGUUGACCAAUGCUCCACGUACCUUUUCCAAUAGUCUUGAUUUGAAUAAGCAGAUGGUUGAAUUUUUGCAAGAAGUCUGCUUGUCCUUAGGUCACAGUGAUCCCAUAGAUUUCGUCAGGAAAAUAAUUUUUAAAAACCCUUUCAUCUUAAUUCAGAGCACCAAACGGAUAAAAGCUAACAUUAAGUUUCUUCAGUCAACUUUCAACCUGAACAACGAGGAGCUACUUGUUUUGAUAUGUGGUCCAGGAGCUGAAAUCCUAGACCUUUCCAAUGACUGUGCCAAAAGAAAUUACACAAAUAUCAAAGAGAAGCUGUUUUCUCUUGGGUGUACUGAACAAGAGGUACAGAAGUUUGUCUUGAGCUAUCCAGAUGUGAUCUUCUUGGGAGAGAAAAAGUUUAAUGAUAAAAUAGACUGCCUCAUAGAAGAAAAUAUUAGCAUUUCACACAUAAUUGAAAAUCCUCGGGUUUUGGAUUCAAGCAUAAGUACUUUAAGAAGUCGAAUCAAAGAAUUGGUAAAUGCUGGCUAUAACUUGAGUACAUCAAACAUCACCCUUCUAUCUUGGAGUCAAAAAAGAUAUAAAGCUAAAUUGAAAAAGUUAAACAUUGGAUAGAGCAUUGUUCUGGGGGAUUAAAAUAAGUCAUAAUAUCUUCAUUUUGAAUUUGGGCUUUUCAAAAAGGAGAGGUUUGAUUUCUUAACCACAUAUACAUAUAUAGUGAUCCUUUGGAUAUUUUAUUUUAAAGGUUCCUAAAAACUCAUGGUCAGUAUACUCAAGUAUAGUCUUCUCAGCUACCUUUUCCCUAGUUUGAAUUAAUACAAUAUUCUAUUAUAUGAUAUAGGCUGUGUAAAUGGUACUUCCUGAGUGCCAAGGCAGAACAAUGUAUAGGAAGAUAGAAAAUACAAAAUAAGCUUUUUUUUUUGGUUUUUGUUCAAAUUUAAAAAUUGACAGAUUCAUUUAGAUAGUUCUAUUUUCUCUCAUGGGUUUGAAUGGCAACCGAUUUCUCCUGUUCCCCACAUGUCUAAUUAUGAUUCACCUUCAAAAUAGAAUGCCAGUAAAAUUUUACAAAAUAGGAAGGAGGGAUUUUUUUUACCCCAAGUUCUACAUUCUUAAACCAUUACUGUGUGUCCCCCCAGUCCCUUUAGGCUCAAUUUACUAUGGGUAUAGUCCUGAUUUCUUUGAAGACAAGGGCAACUGUGGUAGGCAGAAUAAUUGCCACCUAAAGAUGUCAAUGCCAUAAUUCCCAGAGCCUGUAAAUGUGUUAAAUUGCAAAAGGACUCUGCAGAUGGGAUUAAAUUGAAGACCUUGAGAUGGGGAGAUUACCUGGAUUAUUUUGGUGGGCCCAGUGUUUAAUCAUAAGAACCCUUAAAAGUAGAAGAGGGAGGUGAUGAUAAAAGCACUUGACCCGCUUUUACUGGCUUUGAAGAAGUAAGGGGCCAUAAGCCAAGGAAUGCAGGUAACCUCUAAAAUGUGAAAGGCAAGGAAACAUUCUCUCCUAGUGCCCCCAGAAGGGAAUGCAGCCCUGCCAAGACCUUGAAUUAAACCCAGUGAGACCUUUUUCAAACUUCUGACCCACAGAGCCAUAAGGUAAUAAACUUAUGUUGUUUUAAGCCUCUGAGUUUGUGACAAUUUGUUACAGCAGCAAAUAGAAUAAUAUAGCAAUUGAAUGGAUGAUUAGUUGCAUUAUAGGUGAAGCCACAAAAUGUGGUCCUUUUAUUUUCAUAUCUGCAUUUCUUCCUUGUAUAAUUGCCUUUUUUAUCCAACUGCUUUUCUGGAAUGGCUAAUCAGUUAGUGUUUGUAAAGUCCUUUAAAUGUAUGGAUAAAAACUAAAUGUGAGCAAUAAAAUCU